AACAUUAUUUUGACUUACCAACUAUGCAUCUUAAUGAUAUCACCAAAAAAUAUCAUUAAAUAAUAUUUAAGAAAUUAAACGAGAGGAUAAAAGAAAGAACUAUUGGUCAAACCCGUGAAUUUUAAAUUGGUGUAUGUGACAGCAGAAAUCAGCAGUUCUGCUCUUUCACAAAUAUAGCAAAUUUUCAAUUUAAAUUUUUAGUGCCAAGCUGUAAAUUCUGUUUCUGUUAAACCAACUUCUUCCUCGCUUCUUGCUUCCCCAUUAUAUAUAUAUAUAUGCACAUCUCAAUAUAUAUAUAUGCACAUCUCAUUUCACUCUUUUUACGCAGUAGAGCUCUCUCUCGCUCUCUCUCUCACACACACACAACAAAGAAGGGGUAAAUUUGUUCUUCAAUUGUUUUUCUAUCUGUAUCUGGAGUUUUCUACAUCGAACACUCGGAAAUGGGAAAUGUUGUGCACUUUGUGAUUGGAAUUUUCGGAAAUGCCUUUGCGCUGUUUCUUUUCCUGGCUCCAUUGAUCACCUUCAAAAGGAUUGUGAAGAAGAGGUCUACAGAGCAGUUUUCUGGAGUUCCCUACGUCAUGACUCUGCUCAACUGCUUGCUUUCUGCUUGGUAUGGCAUGCCUUUUGUGUCACCUAACAACCUGCUGGUGUCCACGAUAAAUGGGACGGGAGCGGUGAUUGAGACAGUAUAUGUGAUGAUCUUCAUCUUGUUUGCACCAAAGAAGGAGAAAUCCAAAAUUCUAGGGCUGUUCAUUCUAGUUCUCACUGUAUUCGCCAUGGUUGUUCUUGUUUCCCUCCUUGCCCUCCAUGGCAAUGCCAGGAAGCUCUUCUGUGGCAUUGCUGCUACUGUCUUCUCCAUCAUCAUGUAUGGAUCACCUCUGACAAUCAUUAGGUUGGUGAUCAAGACAAAGAGUGUGGAGUUCAUGCCAUUCUUCUUGUCCUUGUUUGUGUUCUUGUGUGGCACAUCCUGGUUCAUCUUUGGACUUCUUGGAAAAGACCCUUUUGUUGCUAUUCCGAAUGGUUUUGGGAGCGGAUUAGGGGCGGUGCAGCUGAUCCUCUACGCCAUAUACCGGAAGAACAAAGGAGCGGGCGAGGAGGAGGAGAUGGAGAUGGAGAAGCACAAGGCCAAACCCCAUCAACAGAAACCAAGUCCUUCACAGGAGCAAGUCUAGGAUAGGAUACCACUUUUAAAGCCUUUGGUACUAACGUGUUGAGCGUAUGCUUAUUAUGCCAAAGAUUGACAAUUGUCGUUAUCUCGAAUAGUAUCAUUUUCAGUUUGCAUAUUGUUGUAUGGUCCACGAGCCUAACAACUUGGCCUUUAGUUUGCUUAAUUGGUUUUAAAUUCCACCUUUAAUAA